AUGGGAAAUGAGGCGGCUGCGGAGCUCCUUAAUAUCCUCCGGCUCCCACUUAAGCUUCUUCCACUCUCUUUUUAUCCGCCGUCCGACACUCCUAGAACCUGGCUUCAGUUCGCCAUAUUUAUCUACAGUCUGUUCGAGCUUUUUAAGAACAUUCAUGCAACCGUCGACAAUUUCUCGAAGUUCCAUAUUUUGCUGAAUAUUGAGGUCCGGUUUGGACAGUACGACUUCGACAUCUUGGAGCACGAUCGAAAGGCUUCUCACUCUGUGCAACCAAAGUUAUUAGUAAUGCCUAGUGAUCUUAUCAGAAACAUACUCGUCAGAGACAUCUUUGAAUUGUUCCGGCGCAUCUACGAAUUCCUUCCGGAUCCGUUUAGCAAGCUCGAUUACUGCAAUAAAAUCGCCAAUGCUAAAACCGAAACUCAUUGUAGUGUCAAGCACAACUUUCCAGGAGCACAGGAAAGAUAG